AUGGUGCAGAUGUCGCUAGAAAGGCGCACCAUGGCUGCAGGUGGUGAGUUCGUGGAAGGAUGGCUAGUUGCGCAAGUUCUUGGUGAAGGUGCUUACGGAGAAGUGCGGCUGCUGGUGCACGCGCGCUCCGGCGCCUGCGUGGCGCUCAAGACGCUGCGGCGCGGCGGCGGCGGCGAUGGCGGCGGCGGGGGCGAUGGCGGCGGCGAGGCGGGGGGGGCGCGCGAGGCGGCGCUGCACCGCGCGCUGCGCCAUGCGCACGUGCUGCGCUGCCUCGGCGAGCGCGUGCACGGCGACCACCACUACCUGUUCCUCGAGUACGCGCAGGGCGGCGAGCUGUUCGACCGCAUCGAGCCGGACGUGGGCAUGAGCGAGGCGGCGGCGCGGCGCUACUGGCGGCAGCUGCUCGCCGGCCUCGGCUACCUGCACUCGCGGGGCGUGGCGCACCGCGACAUCAAGCCCGAGAACCUGCUGCUCGACUCACAGGACCAGAUCAAGAUCUCUGAUUUCGGCAUGGCCACGCUCUUCAGGCACGGCUCGCGCGAGCGGCUGCUGGGGCGCGUGUGCGGCACGCUGCCGUACGCGGCGCCCGAGGUGCUGGCGGCGGCCGAGCGGCCCUACCGCGCGCCGCCCGCCGACCUCUGGUCCGCUGGCGUCGUGCUCUUCGCCAUGCUGGUCGGCGGUGAGUUGAACGGGCAGUCUCGUUCUAAU